AAAUAUACGUGUUCAGAGUUGUAGCUGCAGCCUCUUCUUUGACGGAGAGCAAAACACACGCAUGACCAGGCUUUUUUUGUUCAACGACGGCGUUGUUUUCAUGUCUCAGAGUAAUGUUAGCAAUAUAGCAUAGCAUAGCUUGAGUUAAAGGCGCUUAUAACCAACUAUUCGUCUGUCGCUCUUUAGGUUUUUUUUCGAUGAAUGGUUGACGAAUUAGCUUCCGGAUUCGUUUCAGUGGUCUAAGUAAACACCACCAACAGGAAACACGUUUUUCCGAUAGGCGAGGGGAAACUAAACUCACCGCAAAACUCCCCGGAUGAGCGAACGCUGAAGGCCCGACCAAUCGCGCUGCUCGUGUGCUAAUGUGGCUAAAGUCAGCUGUUUGAGCUAACGACACGCUACUUUUCUCCAAGACUUUACCGCAACGAGCCAAAAUGUUCGGUUCGUCAAGAUCUGGGGGCGUCCGCGGAGGUCAGGACCAGUUCAACUGGGACGACGUGAAAGUGGAUAAACACAGAGAAAAUUAUCUCGGGAACUCCUUGAUGGCACCGGUAGGACGAUGGCAAAAAGGCAAAGAUCUGACGUGGUACGCAAGAGACAAAAAAGGCAGCAGACCUUUGUCCAAAGAAGAGGAGCUUGCUGCCGUCAAGGCUGCGGAGCACGAGGCACUGAUGGCUGCCCUUGGGCACAAGAAUAUUAAAAGGCAACCGACUGGCCUGACCAAAGAGGACCUUGCGGAUGUCUGCAGGAGGGAAGAGGCUGACGGCGAGGAGAAAGAUGUGGAUCGUAUCUCAGGCUUGGGGAGCUCCAGUGCAGGGUCAAGGAAAAUGGUGCUCUCCCAAAAGGAGAAAGAGGCAGCUAAAAUAGGCUUGCCUGUUUUUACGCAUCACAAAACAGAAGCUCGUCCAGAAACCUCAACAACAAAGACUUCUCAGAGUGUAGAACGAGGCAACGAGGAACAACGGCACGAGAGUAAAAAGAAGAAGAAAGAAAAAAAGAGCAAAAAGGAGAAAAAGAAGAAGGAAAAAAAGAAGAAAAGGCAAAGAAGAGACUCGUCCUCAUCAGACUCGGAUGACAACAGAAAGAGGCAGAGAAAGGACCACCAUCAUCAUAAUCCAUCAUACCAUAGUCAGAGUGGAGCCAGACCCCAUGACAGCCAUUCAAGGGGGGGAGCAAAGGCCGAGCGACAGCCCUCCUACCCCCAUCACCGACGGCAGCGACAUGACUCAGACUCCUCGGACGGGGGGUCUCCGGUCCCCCGUCACCCUGCCGGCCACAAGACGGCCCCUGCUGGUGCCAUACAAAGCCACAGGCGGCGCCAUGACACAGACUCGGACGACUAAUGUCCUCCCUGCCCUCCCCCAAUUCAAAGACGCAUAACACGGACAGAAUGCUCCGCAGCAGCUCGAUGGCCCCGAAGACCUCAUUUACUCUCAACGGCCAAUCUGAGUGUGGAUGGAGACGGGUCGACGUGUCUGAUUAACAGGCGUUGGCCUUGUGUUUUAGUUUCUUACCCCAAUAAGUCAAUAUGGGGACUCUCAUGUCUUUAGUGUUUCUGUUUAACACUUUUAAUGUGAUUAAAUUGCUAAAUAUCAUAUUUUGUAUUGUGAUAGAUUGUGAUCUUGUUUUUUAUCUAAUUGGUUAAAAUACUACACAAAGCAAAACAAAAUGAUCUUUUAUCCCUGUGUCUGGCCCUGGUGGCUGUCACUGUUUGGAAAAAUGUUGGAAAAUUAAAUCAGAACGGUAAUGCCACAAGCAGAGA